AAUUUCUUCCUCUGUAACAUCGGAAACUUCAAUUCCCGUCGCCGGAAACUCUCGACUUCGCCUUCCGUGUCGAGGAGGAGAAAAAUGACGAGUAAAGUCUCCUCAAGCGCUGAGCUCCUGACCCGGUGGAGGAGAAUCGAGGAAGACGAAGAGGAGAACGACGAUUCUGAUCCCUCCACAGUACGCCGUCUUAACCAGCGCAAAGAACAAUGGUUUACAGAUGCAUUCACCAUGCUGAUCUCCUUGCCGAGAGACACUCAUAUCUGGUGCGGGUGUAGCGACGUGAUGGGACCUCUUAUCGAGACGUUCUACAAUUUCUUCAGAGACGAUAGAGAGGACUCGCCUCUUAAGGCUCUGUGGAAGAGAAUCUCUGGGGAGAUGCGGACUUGUGCUCAGUGUAUCUCUCAGCACCAUCAGACUCAAGAGAUGUAUGAGAAAGAGUACGAGUGCGCUUCCGUUGGUCCGUUGCUCGUUGUGCUGCGUAAGCUCGAUGAGCAGAGAGUGACUAUGCACUUGCAAGAGAUUAACUCGAUUAUAGAAAAAGGAGCGUAUGAUCCUGAUCAUCAUCAUGCAGAAGUUGUUAGUGUAAUGUACGAGGUUUUGAUGUUUCCCUUCUUCUUUGACGACAUGUCCUUAUGCACUGAGUUUGAGAAGUUCAUUGAGUCGAUCGACAACAUUCAUGAGCUGGCAUUUGCUGAGAAUCAAGAAUUUCCGGGUGUGUAUGCACUUCUUUUUCUCAAUAGAAGGGUGCGUGUCAUUGGUUAUCGCUUGGCGAGGGCCAUGGGGAAGUUGAGGUCAGCAACUCAAUUGGAACGCCUUCAGCCAUUGCUCAAGAAAUUCAUUGGAAUUCUGGAGAUGGAGGGACUGCCUUCUUCAUCUCAGGAUCCAAGGCCGAGGAUUAAUCUAGACCGCUCAUCCAUAUGGCUUGGGAUGACAUCACUGCUUGAGUUCUUAGAAGGCCCUGCUUUUGAAGAGGGGAUAUUAGAGCCUUAUCCCAUUUUUGUUGACACAGUGUUAAACCAUAUAAGCGGCGAUUCACCUGAAUUUUCGCUGGCUGUUAAUUGCCUGAAAGAGCUAUUUAAGACACUUGGUUGUAAGCUUUGGCUUAGGGCUACCUUGUCCCCAAGUGUGAUGCGUAACACAUUGUUGGGUCAGUGUUUCCAUACAAGAGCCGAGAAAAUCCACAAAGCCAUUUUUGAUCUUUUCCAGCCACUAUUACAGUCCCUUGAGGCUUUGCGAGAUGGUGAGCAUGAAAAGCAACGUAGACACUUUCUCUACUUUCUCCUUCAUCAGGUCCCAGUUAGCAGUAACUUCAGUGUUUUAGCGAGAAGAAUUGGCCACAAGAUUGCUCUUCUUAUUGUACUCAGAGGUUACAAGAUGAACCCUCCUUGCCCUCCCUUUGAGUGUGCACACAUGUGGGGACCGUCUCUUGUGUCAUCGUUUAACGAUUCUGCACUGCAUAUUUCAUUGCGUCAACCUGCUAUUGAUCUUGUCCAAACUAUCCUGGUAUCUGAUGCUACGGCCCUACUAGCUUCGCUGCUACGUAAUAAUACAGGCAACUAUAUGGGCAAUGAGGUGAAAUAUGACGACGAUGACAGUAAUCUUCCCUUUCCCCAUGCUGUCGAAGAUGUAAGUGAUCGUCCCUGGAGUGACUUUACCCAGCAGAGCAAAGUUACUCUUGGGGAGUGCAAAGAGUGGAUGUGCAUUCCAAUGCUCUGGAUUACUACUCUUACAAAUACAAAUCUUCUGAACCUUCCAGUAUCGCUAUCCCAAGCAGUAUUUUGGUCUCGGUCACGUUUUUGUUUGGUGGAAUCUGAAAAGACUGAUGACAUGACAGUUGAUAUGGAAACCUGGCUUUCAUCUUCCGCUGUUGAAAUCAAAGGCACGCUUGGAUGGAAGGUAGCAACAGGUUCUGAUGACGGGGGGCCAGGAAAGGAGUCCAAAAACUCUGUGGCAGUGUCAAAGAUGUGCCCUACGUUAAUACGAACACUGAAGAGAUUGACCACUUGUUUUCUGGUCCAAAUGGGUGAAGAGUAUCGAAAACAAUGGACCUGGGUACCAGGGAUGAGCGAAACUUUCAUCCUUUCUCUUUCAGAUCCAGAUGAUAAUAUACGGCAGUUUGGAAAGUCUAUGCUGGAACACGUUUCAAAUACCAGAGGCCUGUCUUGUGGGCUGAAGUUUCUCUGCUCUCAAAGUUCACACCUCGUACAUGUUUUUUCUGGAGCUACACAUGUUUUACAGCAGGUCCAUUUGAGCUCUGUUCUACAAAGAUUUCAGAUCCUGCAUCAUUUUUUCUUUCUAUUAUUCAAGCUGCUGAAGGAAGAGGAUGUGGUCAUUAUUACUGUGAAGAGUUCUGGAGGGGGAUUUUUGAGGCAGCCGGACUUCAGUGCUCCUCCUGUGAUUGAGAGCAGAAAUUCCUCCACUGCUACCCCGGAAUUACUGAAGUUUCUCUACUCGCUGGCAGAAGUUGCCUGGGGCGCAGUAAGGAAGUGCUUAGCUGAGGGAAAGGCUUUCAUCCAUCAAAGUCUUUGCCAGAUGACAUGUGUACGUUUGCUUGAGAUAACUCCUGUCGUUCUGGGAAAGCUUAGACUAAGCCGUGAAGCUAUUGGAGGAGCUUUGAAAGAUGCAUCUGAUCUUAAAUGGCUUCCUGAUCUCAUUGAUUGGGGAAGGUCACAACUUAAAGUUGUUGUUACGUAUUGGAGACGAGCAUUAGCGGCUUUGCUAGAUAUCUUACAAGGAUCAAAGAGUAACACUUGUUCCUCAGCAGUCCAGGCUAUCAGACGUGUGUUGUCUGCUGAUGAUCUUGACAUCGAGCAAUUAGCAGACCAAAUCUCCCGCCUUGUUCCCAAGGCAAAUGAGUGUCUUAAACCUGUUGAUGCUGUUGGCAGAGCACCAGAUAAUGUGAUGGAUCUAACAGAGGAUGUGACUGAGAAGGAAUCAUUGAAGAAUUUACCUAGUUUGCAUAAGUCUCAUCAACUUGAUAUCAAUAAAACUCUUCCACCUAUCAGAAGCAUCUCACGGGUCCCAUCUCUGAAGAAGGGUACUUCUAGUAUUGAUACUUCAAAGAGUUCGGCGGCAGUUGUCUCAGAGAAAGAUGUUUCAGUAAGAUCCAGCAAUAUUGUUAGGGACCUUCCCACCACAAGCGCUGAACCAAGCAAGGUUGGUAGUAUGAGUAAGGAUGCAGAAAACAGACAGACUGUGGGAGGUCCUCUUUCACUUGUAAACAAAGCCAACUUAAAGAACGCUGCUGAUGAAUUCAUCUCUCGUGGAACUUCGAAAGAGGCCCAGAAAUCUGCGAUUUCCAACACCAAAGGCAUGGAUUUGAGAAAAGUAGUUAUUGAGCCGGAGGUUGAUCCACUGGAUUUGGCACUUAAAUCUCUGAAACCACAGCCAUUACCCCUAACAAAACCAGGACCUAUUGUUCCCAAACGACAAGUUAUUCAACUUUGUGCACCUGUAAAUAAGAAAGCUGAGCGUUGGCAGAGGCAAGCAGCUGGAUUUAAAAGAUUCAGGCCACCAAAGCUUGAAGAUUGGUUUAGAAAGAUUUUGCAAAUGGACUACUAUGCAAUAGUGGGACUGGCGUCAACAAAUAAAGAUGAGAAUCAGAAUGUCGGAAAGUUCAGGGAAGUUCCAGUGCGUUUUAGCUCACCUGAGCAAUAUGUACAGAUUUUCCAGCCCUUGGUUCUCGAAGAGUUUAAAGCACAGUUGCAAAGUUCCUUCCAGGAGAUAUCGUCAUUGGAGGAGAUUUAUUACGGUGAUCUGUCUGUUUUGUCGAUUGAAAGGGUUGAUGACUUCCACUUUGUUCGUUUUAUUAAAGACGAAAGUGAUGGACCCAACUCGAAAAGUUUCUCUGAGAAUGAUUUGAUUUUGUUCACAAAAGAGCAUCCAGAAAACAGUAAUGUUGGUGGUAAUAUGAUUGGAAAGGUGGAAGGGCGGGAAUGGGAUGAGAAAAAACGGUCGAGUAUUUUGAAUGUGCGCUUGUAUCUUCAGAAUGCGUCUUCACGAUUAAAUCAAGCUAGAAGGAAUCUUUUGGAACGUAGCCAAUGGCAUGCAUGUCGGAUUUUAAACAUUACAUCCCAAAUCCGAGAGUUUCAAGCGUUGUCAUCCAUUAAGGAUAUCCCCGUUCUUCCUGUGAUCUUGAGCCCUUUGGGUGACUCGAACUAUGACUCUGAAACUAAAAGAUCAGAUCUGCGUUCAUUACCACAUUCUUUACAACAAAUACUCAAAUCAUCUUUCAAUGAGAGUCAACUUCAGGCUAUUAGCGUUUCCAUUGGCUCAUCCAAUCUGACAAAAGAGUUUGACAUUUCACUUAUUCAGGGUCCUCCAGGAACUGGCAAGACUCGCACUAUUGUUGCCAUUAUUAGUGGUUUGCUUGCUUCCGUUUCACGUAAAACUGGAAAUUCUGAGCAAGAUCAUAGUUCUUCUACAACUUCUAGGCAGAGAAUGAAUCCGAAUGUGGCUAUGGCAAGGGUAUGGCAAGAUGCAGCUCUGGCUAAACAGCUAGAUGAUGAUGGGGAGUCAAAGAAAAAGAUGGGAGAAAAGAUUGGUAAGGGAAGGGUAUUGAUCUGCGCUCAGUCAAAUGCUGCAGUUGAUGAAUUAGUUUCGCGAAUAUCUAGUUUAGGCGUUUAUGGCAUGGAUGGGAAGAUGUUUAAACCGUAUCUUGUGAGGGUUGGUAAUGCAAAAACUGUUCAUCCAAAUUCACUGCCCUUCUUUCUGGAUACACUGGUUGAUCAGCGCUUAGCAGAGGAGAGAAUGCGGAUAAACAAAGCUAAGAGUAAUAAGGCUGAAGAUUCUUCUGCCUUACUGCGCUGUAGUUUAGAAAAGGUCGUUGAUCAGAUCACCCGUUUUGAAGCUAAGCGUGCAAACUUAAACCAGGAAAGUUUGGACGCCAAAGAAAAGCUAGGGAGUAAAAACCUCGAUAUAGAUGAUGAUGGCAAGCCAAUGUCUGAUGCAGAGCUAGGAAUAAGAUUGCGGAGGCUAUAUGAGCAAAAGAGGAAAAUUUACAAAGAUCUUGGUGCUGUUCAGGCUCAAGAGAGAAAAGCUAACAAUGAAAUUAGAGCAUUGAAGCAUAAGUUGAGGAAGUCCAUUCUUAAAGAUGCUCAAAUAGUUGUUACGACUUUAAGUGGUUGUGGAGGAGACUUGUACAAUGUGUGUGCUGAAUCUUCAUCAGCCCAUAAAUUUGGCAGUCCAUCUGAAGAUAAUUUGUUUGAUGCUGUAGUGAUUGACGAAGCAGCUCAGGCUCUGGAGCCAGCUACCUUGAUUCCUCUACAGCUCUUAAAGUCAAGAGGGACUAAAUGCAUAAUGGUUGGAGAUCCAAAGCAGCUUCCAGCAACUGUUCUCUCCAACAUUGCUAGUAAAUACUUGUAUGAAUGCAGCAUGUUUGAACGCUUACAAAGGGCUGGUUAUCCUAUCCUAAUGCUUACCCAACAGUAUAGGAUGCAUCCAGAUAUUUGUAGAUUCCCGUCUAUGCAUUUCUACGACAAUAAGCUACUGAAUGGUGUCGACAUGUCAAGCAAAUCAGCUCCGUUUCACAAGAGCCCUUAUCUUCGACCAUAUGUUUUUUAUGAUAUUGUUGACGGCCAAGAGCAUCGAAGUGGGGACUCUAGCUCCGUGUGCAAUGAACAAGAAGCUGAAGCUGCUGUUCAACUGCUUAGAUUUUUCAAAAGGAGAUACCCCUCUGAAUUUGUCGCUGGAAGGAUUGGCAUCAUUACUCCCUACAAACGUCAGCUUGCGGUUUUGCGUUCUCGUUUCUCAAGUGCAUUUGGAUCUCAAGUAGCAGCAGAUAUGGAACUGAAUACUGUGGAUGGCUUUCAAGGGAGAGAGGUCGACAUAUUGGUGUUAUCCACUGUAAGAGCUACUCAUUCUGCUUCCGAUGGGAACAGUCAAAGUCGGAUUGGUUUCGUUGCAGAUGUUAGACGUAUGAAUGUUGCUCUCACAAGAGCCAGACUCUCCCUUUGGGUUUUUGGUAACACGCGAACCUUGCAAAGAGACCAUAACUGGGGUGCUCUUGUGAAAGAUGCAAAAGAAAGAGAAGCCAUCAUACCGGUUAAGAGACCAUACAACAUGUUUGGCGAGAAAGCCACGGAACAAAAACAGUUUGAGAAUCUUUCAAAGAAUUUUCCUGAGCCUGAGAAACAGCAUCAGCAUUCUCGCCGUAAAGAACAUAGAGCAGAGACAUCCUCUGAUAGAAAAAUGAGGAAACCUGAUGGAGAUGUUGUGCCUCUCUUAUCGAAAGGAUCAGAGAGCAAGCAGAGCAGACGAAAAGCCAAAGAAGAAGCUUCUUCUCAAAGGGAAAAACUAGCUACAGGCAGUGAGGAAGUAACAUCCGAAGUGAAUCCUAGGCGGAACCAAGAGAAGAAAGAAAAAAUGAAAGGUAUAGAGAAAAGCAGUGAUCCAGAGGAUACAGAUGUAACUAGUUCGAAGAAGGAAGAUCCAAAUGCGAGGAAAAAAUCUAAGAAGGCUUCAUCAAAGCUUGACAGUAACAAGAGGGAAAAAUCCACAGAUGAGUCUGAACAGAGAGACCGACAAGCAAACAAAAGCAAUGCUCCUUCUAAUCAAGGAGGUGGUGAAGAUUUAGUAUCUAAGCGGAAAAAAGAGCGUGAAGCUGUUGAGGCCAUUCUAAAAUCGUCUCUGAUUCCUUCACAUAAGCCUAAACCUCCAAAGCGACCACUGUCCCCAAGUUCAACUGCAAGCAGUCACACAAGACCGUCUAAAGCUAUCAAAGAAUCCACCAAGAACAACAGUAAACAAAGAUAACAAAAUGAUUUCACAAUUGUUAUUUCAGGCAAUCAUGAAACUAAUUGCUAACUAAUGUUUUUGGGUCACUACUUGAACAUUCUCUAGCAUCAUCAUAGUCUCGAGUAUAAGAUCAAAAAGUAGCACUCGGGAUUUUUUUUUGGCUCACCUAUAAUGAAAUAGCCUAUGCUUUACAAUAUUUUUUAUCUCCAGUUUCAAAAUUUUGGAUGUAAAGUUGCCUGUUAAGAAUUUUUUUGGUUCUA